AUGGAUGUGGCAACCUUCGGAUCCACGUGCUCGCCGGCUUCAGCGCAGUACAUUAAGAAUAAAAAUGCCGCGGAAUUCACCCACCUGUUUCCACGAGCUGUUGAAGCUAUUAUGGAAAACCACUACGUCGACGACUAUCUCGACAGCUUCGAGAGUGAAGAAGAGGCAGUACGGGUGUCAGUUGAGGUCCGAUCGAUUCACCAGAAAGGGGGAUUCCAACUCAGGAACUGGCUGUCAAACAGUACUGCCGUUGUACGUGGAAUGGACGAAGAUGAUCCGAAGGCGAGCAAGAGCCUUUGUCUGAGCGUUGUGGAAAGUAGUGACCGAGUGUUGGGAAUGCUGUGGCAGACCGCUGAAGAUGAGCUUUGGUUUCCAAUGAAGGUGAAGGAUGAAAUUCAGUUGGUGAUAGACAGCGGCGAGCGGCCAACAAAACGUCAGAUGCUGAAAUGCUUAAUGGGGAUAUUCGAUCCGCUUGGCCUUCUGUGCGUAUUCCUCGUCCACGGGAAGAUUCUCCUUCAGGACGUCUGGCGAGCUAACGUGGAGUGGGACGAAAAGGUUCCAGGAGAGAUAUCCGAUCGUUGGACCAAAUGGACCGAACUGUUCCCUAAAAUCGGACGACUGCGUAUCCCACGGUGCUACUUUCGAGAAGCAACCACACAGAUGUAUGAAGGACUUCAACUGCACGUCUUUGUCGACGCUAGUGAAGCAGCUUAUUCCGCCGUCGCAUAUUUCAGGGUGGUGGACCCUACAGGGAACGCAGAAUGCACAAUCGUUGCAGCAAAAUCGAAAGUCGCACCAUUACAGUAUCUUUCUGUGCCUCGCCUGGAGUUACAGGCGGCAGUACUUGGCAGCCGUUUGAUGUCAUCCGUGCGAAAGAAUCACAGCGUCAAGGUAACACGGAGAUUUCUGUGGAGUGAUUCCCAAACAGUGUUGGGCUGGUUAAGGGCGGAUCACCGACGCUAUCAACAGUAUGUAGCGUGCCGUGUCGGAGAGCUACUGACAACGACUGACGUAGCAGAAUGGCAAUGGGUACCUACCAAGGUGAAUCCAGCUGAUGCCGCUACGAAGUGGGGAAAGAAUCCGUGCCCUGCAAUAACGGAUAACUGGUUCAAAGGACCGGAAUUUCUCCGAUUUCCUGAGGAGAACUGGCCGAAGCAAACGAAAUCCUUGAAACUGCCUGAAGACGAACUGCGACCCUGCUUUGUGAUCCAAGGAGUGAUGGUCCCAAUCAGUGUAGUAGACAUUGAGCGCUUCUCGAAAUGGCGGCGACUACUAGGAACAGUGGCGUAUGUGCAUCGCUUUGUAGACAACUGCAGGCGCAGACUGCAAGGAGAAACACUGCAGUUGCAGAACCUAGGCCAAGAAGAACUCAAGAAAGCAAAGAACACCUUAAUGCGGAUUGUGCAGUGGGAAGAGUUUCCAGAUGAGAUGGCAUUAUUUUCAACCGGAAAGACAGAGAUACCGAAAACCAGCAGCUUGUACCAGUUGACACCGAUGGUCGAUGAGUGGGGAGUGCUACGUAUUAACGGAAGGAUUGGCGCCGCACCAUUCACAUCAUUCGAUUCAAAAUAUCCGGUGAUUCUCCCAAGAAAACAUCUGGUUACACUACUCAUAGUGGAUGAUUUCCAUCGAUCCUAUCGCCAUGGAAAUUCUGAAACGGUAGUGAAUGAAGUCCGCCAGUUCUACAACAUUCCCAGAUUGAGAACGGUGGUGAAGCAAAUCGCGGCUAGAUGUCAGUGGUGCAAGAUAACGAAAGCAGUCCCGAAGAUUCCACAGAUGGCACCGCUGCCUGUAGCUCGUCUGUCUGCAUUUACACGAGCAUUCACAUAUACUGGGAUUGAUUUCUUUGGACCGUUACUGGUGAAAGUGGGGAGAAGUGCUGUUAAACGCUGGAUCUGCCUGUUCACUUGUCUUACUACCCGAGCGGUUCACGUCGAAGUGGCCCACAGUUUGUCCACACCAUCGUGCGUGAAAUGUAUCCGUCGUUUUGUCUGCCGCCGAGGAGCGCCGACGGAGAUCUACACAGAUAACGGCACCAACUUCCAAGGCGCCGAACGUCAAUUACGCGAGCAGUUGAAGGAGAUGCAAGGAGAAUUGGCAGCGACGUUCACCAAUACAGAUACCAAAUGGUUAUUCAUCCCGCCCGGAGCACCCCACAUGGGCGGUGCGUGGGAAAGGAUGGUACGGUCAGUAAAGUCAGCAAUGAUGGCCGCUUACAAUAGUGACAGAAAGUUGGACGACGAAGGUUUACAGUCGUUGGUCAUUGAAGCCGAGAGCAUUGUCAAUAGUCGCCCGCUCACCUACUUGCCUCUAGAUUCCGCCGAAGCAGAAGCCCUCACGCCGAAUCACUUUCUUCUAGGAAGUUCUUCGGGUGUUCGUCAGCCUGUAGUACCCUUCAGUGACCCUGCUGGUGCAGUGAAGAACUCAUGGAGCCUGAUACAGCAUCAACUGGACGUCUUCUGGAAGCGUUGGAUUCGGGAAUACCUCCCGAUGCUGACAAAGCGGGUCAAAUGGUUCGGAGAAGUAGCACCUGUAGCUGUAGGAGAUCUGGUCCUCAUCGUGGACGACACUCACAGGAACGGUUGGAUGAGAGGAAAGGUCAAGGAAGUCGUGACAGCGAAGGAUGGGAGAGUUCGACAAGCUGUAGUACAGACUGCGAGGGGGAUAUUGCGGAGACCAGUAGCGAAGUUGGCCGUGUUGGAGGUUGAGUCGGGUUGUAAAACUGGGACCGGUGGCCAGUGUUACGGGGGGGAGGAUGUUGCUGCCAACACUGCCCGCGGUGUUACCACGGCCGAACAUCCGAGACAGCUCGAUCGAGCGAAGUGA